AUGCGCAAUAAACUGCUUAUACUUUGUGACAACCGGCCUCUGCUCUGCUCAUCCCAGAUCUUGGCGUUCUGCGAGAAUCUGGAGGAGCUGGCGCUGGUGGGCUGCGACGCGCUCUUCAUGACAGGCAGCAUCCUCUCGCGCGACUCGGCGCUGGGCGUCACGCUGCCGUCGCUGCGCGAGCUGGACCUCUCCAGCAACCGCUACCUCUCGGACGCGAUCCUGGUGCGGCUGCUGGCGCUCUCGCCGCGGCUCGAGUCGCUCUCGCUGCGCGGCUGUCAGAUCGGCUUCCACCCGGGCAUCUACCGGCGCUUCUACCCGGCCGGCGGCGCCGGCGCUGUCUCCAGCUCGGUGCUCACGUUCGAGUGCGUGCUGUCGUUCCUGCGCGAGCACGGCGCCGACCUGGAGCUGGACCUGAGCCGCUGCCUGACGGCCGUCACCGACGCUAGCUUGCAGGCAAUCUGCCGCUACAUGCGAGGCCUGCAAGUGCUACGCAUCUCCGAGUGCCACCUGGUGACGGACUCGGGCCUGACUGGACUCGGCCUCACGCCGAUCUCGGACGGCGCCGAGCUGAAGCCGAACAAGACCUUCUUGCAUGGCGAGGCCGGCGCGCAGCCGGAGCAGCCGGCAGCGCGCGCCACGCCACGUCGCAACGAGCACGCGAUCUCGCUGAGGAGCCGGCACGAGCGCGAGAUCUGGAGCGACGCUGGCCGCAAGGUGCUGGUGCAGAGCCAGAUCGACCUGAACGAGACCGGCUCCGGGGUCAGCCUGCUCGACCUGAAAUGUCUGACCGAGCUGGACCUGUCGCAGUGCAGCCGCAUCAGUGACGUAGGCGUGAGUCACGUGGUGCGCUUCGGCGGCCUGCGCCGGCUGAGCCUGGCGCACUGCCCGCAGCUGGGGGACGCGGGCGUGGCGCGGCUCGGCCGCCACUGCCCCGGCCUCGAGGUGGUGCGGCUCGCCCACUGCGUGGCGCUCACUGACGAGGGGCUGGCCGGCUUGGUGCGGCACGCGCCGCGCCUCAAGCACCUCGAGCUGCAGGGCUGUGUGGAACUGACGGACGGUGCUCUGCGCGCCAUAAUGGCGCACUGCGCCAGCCUGCAGUACCUGGACGUGUCCGGCUGCCGGCUGAUGAGCGCGGCGCAGGCCGGCUGCCUGGAGGAGGCGCUGCCGCGGCUGGCCACCUGGGCUCGGCCCUGGACGCUCCCGGAGGGCGCUGUGCCCACAGGUCCCAACGUAACUGAUGUGCCGGGGUUCAACGCGAAGAGCGACUCCCGGUUGCCUUGUGGCGCUCCCGGACUGUAA